AUGAUUUCGAGGGCAAUGAUGAAGAUAGGAGCAGCAUGCGUAUUGAUGAGUAAAGUAUACAGUAAUACGCUUACUGGAGAACAAGAAAAAAGUAUUUUUUCAACAAAAGGAAGUGAAUCAGAAGCGGUGCAGGAUGUUGAACGAACAAAAUCAGACGAUAAGUAUGGCAUUGCACAGGCUGAAGAAGCAGCUACAUCUAAUGUAGAAAAUCCAUCAUCUGUUGAAGAAGGAAGUGAAUCAAAAGCGGUACAGGAUGUUGAACGAACAGAAUCAGACGAUAAGUAUGGCAUUGCACAGGCUGAAGAAGCAGAAAACUCAAAUAAAGAUGCUACAGCUCUACCACAUAGCGCGCCAUUAUCAAAUGCAGAUGGAAAACCACAAGCUAUGAAACGCGUAGCUAAUGGCAAUAAAGUCCUGAGUGCAGAAGAAAUAAAAAAAAGGGACGAAGAGUUUUUGAAAAAUUUUGCAAGAGUUAAGGAUAUAUCAGAAAAAAUAUAG